CUCCUCCUCCUUGCCAGUGAAGGAGACAAGCAGGGGAAUGAACAGCAGGGACGGGGAAGUGAAACAGUUUGGAGACAGAAACCAAAAGAGAAAAAGAAGAGAAACUUAAAAGUUUCUUGAUCACUCUGGACUGUCACGACCUGUGAGCACAGACACGACAACGGGUGAAAUACAGAGAAACAGGGAUGAAUGUGGCUGAUCAGCUGUGCCUUUGAUUAAUGCAACACACAGAUUCUCUUUGACAGCUACUUAAAAGCGCAGGUAGACGGUGUGUGUGAGAGCGAGAGAGUGACCGAGAGAGAGAAGAGGGUAACCGCUGACGCCAGACAGACAGAAGGCCUGAGUGUGUGACUGUGUGAAUGGUACACAAACCAGCUACACUGCCACUCGGACACACAUCCAUUCACCUGAAAAAGCAGACUCCAAUCCUGAUUGGAUGCUUAUCUCAGAAUGACAGCAGAAGACUCAGCCUCUGCCGUUGCUAUGAGUAACCCUAGCCCUUCCUCCUCUUCUAAGGCCUCCUCUGGGCAUCCACAGAAUCACAGCGCCAUCCCAGAGGGAGUGGCUGGCGCCCCCAAUGAAGCUGUGCUUGUGGCCUUGAUGGAGCGGUCAGGUUAUGGUAUGGUGCAAGAAAAUGGACAACGCAAAUACGGCCCGCCACCUGGCUGGCAAGGUCCCUCCCCUCCACGUGGCUGUGAAAUCUUUGUGGGUAAAAUCCCACGUGACGUUUACGAGGAUGAGCUGGUGCCAGUAUUUGAGACUGUUGGACGGAUCUACGAGAUGCGCCUAAUGAUGGAUUUUGACGGGAAGAACCGUGGUUACGCAUUCGUCAUGUACACGCAGAAGCAUGAAGCUAAGCGAGCAGUUCGUGAACUCAAUAACUUCGAAAUUCGUCCAGGAAGGUUGUUAGGUGUGUGCUCUAGUGUAGAUAACUGCCGCCUCUUCAUUGGCGGAAUCCCGAAAACCAAGAAGCGUGAGGAGAUCAUGGAGGAAGUUUCCAAGGUGACAGAAGGGGUGCUGGAUGUGAUUGUGUAUGCGAGUGCUGCGGAUAAGAUGAAGAAUCGCGGCUUUGCCUUUGUAGAGUAUGAGUCUCACCGUGCUGCUGCUAUGGCCAGAAGAAAGCUCAUGCCAGGACGAAUUCAGCUCUGGGGUCACCAGAUUGCAGUUGACUGGGCAGAACCUGAGAUUGAUGUUGAUGAGGACGUCAUGGAAACAGUAAAGAUUCUGUACGUGCGGAACCUGAUGAUAGAGACCAGUGAGGAUAUUCUACGCCAAACCUUCGGCCAGUUCAACCCUGGCUGCGUGGAACGUGUCAAAAAAAUCCGAGACUACGCCUUUGUUCACUUCGCCAGUCGAGAUGAUGCUGUGGUUGCAAUGGACAACCUGAACGGCACAGAGAUCGAAGGUUCCCGUAUUGAAGUGACCCUGGCCAAGCCUGUGGAUAAGGAGCAGUACACCCGCUAUCAGAAAGCAUCGAAGGGAACAGCGGCUCCGACAACUACUGAAAACACCCAACAAAGUUACGUGUAUCAGUGUGACCCAUACACACUCACCUAUUACGGCUAUCCCUACAACACACUCAUUGGACCCAACCGAGAGUACUUCAUCAAAGCAGGUACUGUAAGAGGCCGUGGCCGUGCUGGGGCCGGUAAUAGGGGCCCAGGGCCCCGCGGCUCAUACCUUGGUGGCUAUUCAGCUGGCCGAGGCAUUUACAGCCGCUACCAUGAAGGAAAGGGCAAAUUGCCGGACAAACCUUACGAGAUCAUGUCCAAUCUAGAGCUGGCAGCUGUGAACCCAGUGGGCAUCAAGCCUGGCACAAUGGCUCUUCCAGCACUCGGUGCUCAGUACCCUGCUAUGUUUUCUGCUGCCCCUGCAACUAAGUUAAUGGAUGAAGGGAAGAUGCACCCAGUGGAGCACCUGAUAAACCCUUUGGCCCUCCAGCAUGACCCCACAGCUGCCUCGGCCACUGCAGCGGUCAUACCUGCAGUCUCCACACCACCCCCUUUCCAGGGUCGUCCUAUAACCCCCAUCUAUGCUAUGGCUCACAAUAUCCAGAGGAUCCCGGCUGCUGCUGCCAAUCUGUAUGGAGCCAGCUACAUGCCUAUCGCUACCCACGCCAACACGGCCACGCUGGCAGCGCUGCAGAAGAACGCUGCUAUGGCAGCCGCCGCAACCUAUGGAGGCUACGCUGGGUACAUGCCUCAGGCCUUCCCUGCCACUGCCACCUUCCAGAUGCCCAUUCAUGAUGUAUACCAGACCUACUGAGAUACCCGCAGCAUGGAUCACAAUGACUUACACUUACACACAUCACAUCACCACAGGCCAUCAGACAUUUACACCACAUCUAUGAGGUCUGCUGGUUAAUUGAACCACGGAGAGUGAAACUGACAUACAACAAAACUAACACCUUCUGACUCGUGUGAAGCUCCCUGGAAGCCUUUAGAUUAGACGCUGGCAGCAUGGAUGUAGAUUUCAGCUAAAUAAUCUCACAUCUUCAUCAGCCCCUCUGGCCCACAUUUAUUAAUCCAGACGUAUGACCUAGACCAAAACCACUUUUAUAUGCUACUGAUUAGCUUAUCAAGACAGGUAGACUUUUGUGUUAUAUGUUAUGGACUCAAACCCUGCAAUGUGACCACAACCUCGCCUAUUUUCCCUUUAGAUCGAUAGGAAACAGUCUGUCAGUUCGACUUCUUAAAGGAGUCAACAGCUCCUGCUGAUUUCCAAAGCCAUCACAUGACUGAAUGAAUGACAACUCAUCACUCAUUUGCAUAUUUUAUCAUUCAUUUUAUUAGUUGAUCACCAGUACAGCUGUGGACUGAUUCCGAGUGAUAUGUUCAUAUGAAGUAAUUCCAAAAAAGACUUGCAGAAGCACACCUACUGACAUAUCACCGUCUUCCCCACACACUCCAGCUGAGAAUCAUGAGCCAGAGCGUCCUAAUACUCCACUCCUCUACAUUCACGCCCACAAGAAUACUGAAGGAAGGUUGUAGUAUUUGUGGACUUUAAUAAGAACGUAUUUAAUGCCUCGCUAUGCUUUAGUGCAUUUACUUUUGUUUUGUGAAGAAAAACAAAAUUGACGAAACACUGUAAAAUGAACAAACAACUGCUGAGCAGGAACUUCAACAACCACAGAAGUAGAAGAUUUAAAGUGUUUCAUGAAAAUGCUGUAUUUUGAGUUUAUAACAUAUGCUUUCAAAAUGUGUUGAAGACGUCGGAAUCUUCCGUCCACUGGGUUUCCUGCACGCGAGUCUAUAUGCAGAUACCUGCAUUCGUUUUUCCUCCUUAACUGUUUAUUGCUUAUGCGUUUUUAUAUUUAGAUCUACUGUGUAGUUGGUUUGAAGAUGUUGUUUUUAUUGUCUAGAAGAUACUUUUCUUCUCUUAACUGGAAGAUAGACAAACACUGUUUUCAUUCGCAUUCUCAGAGGCAAAUAAGUUUGAGUGUUGUUAAGAAAAUGGAAACUGGAAAAAGAUCUUUUUUUUCAGUCGGUUGGAUAAAUACUGGAUAACAUUAGUUCUUUGUUAAAGGUAUAGUUCACCCAGAACUGAAAUUACUUGUCAUUCCAAACCUGUAUAACUUACUUUCUUCGGUGGAACAUGAGAGAAGGUAUUUUGUUUUUCAUAUAUACAAUGGAAGUCAAUGGUAACCAAAACUUUUAGGCUACCACCAUUCUUCAAAAUAUCUUCAUUUGUACUCUGCAGAAGAAAGAAAGUCAUACAGAUUUGGAAUGACUUGAGGAUGAGGAAAAGAUUCUUUAGUUUUUGUGUAAACUAUCCCUUUAAUAUGUUUUAAAUGCACAAACCAGACUGACAUAAAAAGUAGCUGGGUUGAAGAUGCAGCGUUAUUUAUGAUGACUUAGUUCUGCUUACUUUUAUGGGUUGUGUUAGUUAACAACCCUUAUAACAACCCUUAACCAACCCUUAUUUUUUCAGACCACUACUGUGAUUCCCAGCAUCCAGUACUGUGAAGUCUUAUUUGCCUCAUUAGGGGAACACAGGUUCCUUCAUAUCUGCUUUUGUGCCAUUAAUACAAAUUACACCUGAAGUACUGUCCCAUUUACCAUUGAACCAAUUAUGUUCAUGUUGUUUAUUAACAGUCUUGACUUGCAGACCUUGAGUUGCAGAAUAAAAUCAGGUUAAUGGCGCAAUAUUCUCCGAAUUCCUCCUAUAGAUGUGUGUAGACCCAGCAGACGGUCCAUAGAGUUUUAGUUUUUGUAGUUCUAACCCUGCAUUAUUGUAGAUCACACUCCAAGUUGUGCUACUGUAGUAUGGUAUAUGUUAGCAGCGAUGACUGUUCUGAGGUGCACUUAAAUAUUUUAGGGUGUUAGAAGUUCUUGUGUGUGUAUAUGCUGUGUGAGCAGGCACUUUUGUCUUUUUAGGGGUAUUUUGAUACUCCUAGAACUGAAAUGAACUGGACCAAACUGAAACCAGGGAGCUCAGAGAACCUGUUAUUAUCCUCAUUAUCUUUUCAGUGACUGCUGUAUGUCACAUCAGCAUCCUCCUGUAUGCCACCACUGUGCCUUCUGCAGGACUGCGAAUGUCACAUGUGCCUUUAUUCAGACUGCUGUCUGUCAAGUGACCUCCUAAACACUGUUUGUGAUACCACAGUGCCUCUUCUGUCCUAUUUUCUUUCAGAAAGUCAAGUUUUUUCUUUUUUUUUUGUGUUAUACUGUUAUUUCUAUGGGGGCUCUGAGUGUUAGAGUGCUGCUUUAUGUUGUAUUAUGCUUUCAUGUGUUUCAUGUUCUAACAGAGUUGAUGUUUUAUUAAGUAUAGCCUGUUUUUUUUUAGAAGAGACUGAGUGAAAGUUUGGGGAAAACUUCACGAUAUACCAAACAAAGAAUGACAAUCCACGCAAGUCACAUCACGUAAGCUAGAGACACUGCUGUGAUCAUCUAGGAUAUGGCAUAUCUGUGUGUUUUUGAGAAAAGAAAACCAUCCCCAGUAGUUUUUCUCUGUCUGUUAUCUAAUCUUUUAUUAUGAGUAGUCAGGAUAUAUUUAAUAUAUACAGUACAAUGUUUUUGUGUAUGAAGUAAGAGGAAAUGCUAUAAUAUAUUUUAAGAAGAUUUUUCCAUCUUAUACAUAAGAUGUGCUUUAGAGAGUUUAACAACAACAAAAACUUAUUUUUUGCCAAAGUGUUCAACUAAUGCGAAUGUGUGUAUGU